GCAGUAAAGUAGAGAACAAAUCAGAGAACGGUUAUAUUAGGCAUUCUCUGCCGCAACAACUAUCUUCAGAUACAGACAAGGCACAGUGACAAAUCCCAACGCAGAGAGGGCAACUACAACUUUUUGCGUGUAACGUAGACUUGUAGUAUAUAUGUUAUAGUCACAGAUAGCUUUCGUUGGGAUAAAAUCAAAGCCGAAAAGAGAGAGAGAGGGGACCCUCCAACGGCGAAAUUAAAUCAACUCACUUGGAAAAGAGGGUUCCUGACUUUAUCACUGACAGACCUUAUCUGGAGUGAAUUUCCCUUUGAGGCCCCUCCACAAGAAAUUAUUGGAUUGGAGAUUUCGGACGUUAUCGCGACCUUUACUCCAAGGUGUUCAGAAUUUGGGCUUUUCUUUUUGGGGUAAUUUUUUUAUUUAAUAUUUCAACAUCUAAAAGGAUAGUUUGCAAUUGGAUACAUUAUGUAUUCGAGCCUGGCUUUAUCUUCCAACCCGUCCCCCUACGCACACGAUUCCGGGAACUACAUCCAUCCAUCUGCCAGCUCACCUGUUUAUGUUCCCACAACCCGUGUACCUGCCAUGCUCCAACCCUUGCCCUACCUACAAACAUGUGAGUCAACCCAUCAGACACAUGGACUCGGCAGUCACCACGCUUGGUCACAGACCGGCACGGAGAACUCCACUUUCAACCCAGGCAGCCCUCAUCCUCCUCCCGGGUUCUCUUAUUCACACAGCCCGCCGGUAAGCAGCAGCACCGGCAGGGAUGCUGCACACCAGAAUCAGCUGGUGCUGAGUAAUGGCGGGCGGGCAGAUCAGUAUGGAAGUGCCCUGGUGCGCGCCGUCGGUGGAUCCUAUUCUAGCCCCUACACGGCUUACAUGAGUCCGGAGAUGGCAACGUCAUGGACACCAGGGCCCUUCGAUGGCGGCAUGAUCAGUCUUCAGGGACGACAGGGAACUCUACCUGGAAGGAGGUCCAGUUUUGACAUGCUUGAGGAGUUCCCGUGUGAAGGGCGUGAGUGUGUCAACUGCGGCUCUAUCUCGACCCCACUGUGGAGGAGAGACGGUACCGGACAUUACCUGUGCAACGCGUGCGGCCUCUACCACAAGAUGAACGGAAUCAAUCGACCUCUUAUCAAACCACAGAAGCGCUUGCAAAGCACGUCUCGACGAGCAGGUCUAUGUUGCACAAACUGUCAUACCAGUACGACCACGCUGUGGAGGAGAAACGCAGAGGGAGAGCCUGUCUGCAAUGCCUGCGGACUGUACAUGAAGUUGCACGGGGUACCAAGACCAUUAGCAAUGAAGAAAGAAAGCAUUCAGACCAGGAAACGCAAACCAAAGAUGCCCAAAACAAAAACAUCCUCAGGGUCAACGGUGUCUGGCACUACAUCUCCCCCUUCAUUACCCAUGUCAGAAAACGCCUCUACAAUAAAGAGUGAACCAAACAUUGCAGCUUCUCCAUAUGCUGGCCAAACUGUUGUCUCAGUCACACAGGCACCAAUACAGUUGGACAGUGCCAGCUCAGGACAUGUAGACAUCAAAUAUGAGGACUACACAUACACACCAACAUCAAUUGCUCCACAGAUCUCCUGGUGUGCGCUGUCUCAAGCGUGAUCUGAGACCCUCCCCAAAAGGACUUUUGACUACCUAGACUACCUAUUUGAAGUCACUUUUACACACAUAUGGACCUUGGGAAUGUAAUAUUUGACUACAAGUUGGGCUACUUUGCCUUGUUGAUUUAUCACAGCAUAUCUCUCUGUGAUGUCAUGGCUAAUUCAUGAUAUUCUGCCAAAAUGCAGCGGGCGACAUUCAACGACUCAUCAAGCAGUUCUUGAGUUACUCAAGCAACGAUUGGAAGGACAAAAAAACCAUGCUUUUAUGGCUUCUGAACAUGUUUCAUUGCUUAGAUGUUAAUGAUUAACUUUUAAGAUACAUUAUUUAUGUUAAGAUAAGAAUGGUAUAGGCACACAGGUCUCUCCCAUCAUUCUCCUUAUCAUUUAGGGAAUGUGUCAUUAUGGUCAUUAUGACUUUACAUCGCAUACAUUCCCUGGAUGAGAUUUUAAAAGUUUCCUUGUUGUCUUUGCUGAUUCCAAACUCUGUUAAUGCUGUAUUGUAUUCCUCCGAUGAUCUGAAGUGCAAUGUCCCUCACUUUUUAGCACAUUUUGAAAAGGGACACAUUUAUUUUAAUUGUUUAGAAUUUUGUGCUUUGUUUUGUCAGAAUAUGUUAACCUAAAUUUAUUUGCUGAAUUUUGUUGAUAUUGGAAUUAUAUAAUUGUUUUAUUGCAUAUAAAAUUGCAAAAAAUC